CAUCUCUGUUGCCAGGAUGAGAGGAACAUGUCAACCAAGCUGCUCCAAAUGUUUAUACUUCUCCCUGCUUACGCUCACCUUUGUUCUCCUUCUUGAACUUGUAUCUGGACGGAACCUGACAUUUGCAAUUUUAAUUUAUAGACAUGGUGACAGAAGCCCCAUUGAAAUUUAUCCCAAAUGUCUACACAACGAAAGUGAAUGGCCGCAUGGUUUUGGACAACUGACAACGCUUGGAAUGCAACAGCAACACGAGCUUGGACAAUACAUAAAGAAGAGAUACUCAAACUUUCUAAGUCCUACUUAUAAACGAGAGGAGAUUUACAUUCAGAGUACAGAUGUUGAUCGAACCAUUAUGAGUGCCCAAGUUAACCUUGCUGGCUUAUUCCCCCCCUCUGCUGGUGAGAUCUGGAACCCACAAAUCCCUUGGCAACCUAUACCAGUCCAUGUUGUACCAAAGUCAUUUCAUCCAAAAUUACGUUUUCCCAUUUUUGACUGCCCACGCUAUAAGAAGCUUCUGAGAGAAACGAUGACCUCAAGAGAAUUCCAGGACCAGAUUAAACCAUACAAGAAAUUCUUAAAAACCAUAGCUGCCAAUUCAGGAUAUGAUAUGAAGAGUCUCAGAAAGCUGGAUACUUUCAAACUCUGGCACGUACAAGAUACUUUAUAUUGUGAGUCGAUACACAAUUACACGCUACCUGAAUGGGCUACUGAGGAUGUAAGAGCCAAGCUUGGAAAGCUGACGGUCAUGUCCCUGUCAUCCCUCUUUGGCAUUUACAAAAGAGAAGAGAAGGCGCGGCUCCAAGGAGGUCUUCUUGUGAAAGAUAUUCUAGAAACUCUCUCAAAUGCUGCUAAAGAUCCAGGCAAAAGAAAAAUGAUAAUCUAUUCCGCCCAUGACACUACCCUUGGUGCCCUCCAGAUGGCACUCAAUACCUACAAUGAGAGACUGCCACCAUAUGCUGCUUGCCAGUUUUUUGAACUGUAUCAAGAAAAUACAGGAGAGCACACCAUUGAGAUGUAUUUUCGAAAUGACACUUCAAGAGACCCCUAUCCUGUCACUUUGCCAGGCUGCUCAUUUGCUUGUCCAGUAAAGAAGUUUGCUGACCUGGUUUCACCUAUCAUGAUAGAUGACUGGACAAGUGAAUGCAGAAGAAGAUGAGGAACAAGGAAAGGACAAUAUUCUCUGAUUUCUACUGAAGUUAACAACAGGCUGCUGGCAUGUUUGUAUCUCUUCUAACUACAUAAGUAUUGUUGGACAAGAAAGAAAAUAUGAAGAAACAUUAAUUGGGAACAAAAAAAGUGAGCAAAGAGAGUUUCCAAAACGCCUCAGUAUAUGACAUUACAUCUAAACAAUCACUAAGACUAAUAAUUUCCAGUGUGUUAUGAUUACUGGCCAAGUAUCUCAGAAGUACAAAAAAAAACACCUGCCAUUUGCCAUAAGUUAACACAUACUAACAAUAAAUCUUGCUUUCAUUAAUAAGUUUAACAUCAGUUGGAAAAAUGAGGCACAUAGAAGAUGAACCCGAAACAUUUGGAACUCUUACAGUGCCAUCCUAAGCAGUUACACUGGCUUCAAUGGCCUUAGGAUGUCUCUGUCAGGUAAGGAAGUCAGACUCCCUUUCUCUCAGUCUUAGUUAGCUUGAAUAUAAAAAAUUCUCACAUACAGUCUCAAGAUCAUAAUAUAAAUCGAGAAAUAGCAACCUGUUUAUAUGUGCAACAGGUCAGUCAGAGCACUUCUCCAGCUAUCGAUUCUAACCGUUUCUGGUUGCUGGAUCCAACUGGAAAUUGUGUGCACAUUGCCUGUGGGCAUGUGUGAUUCUCAAUCCAGUUAUGGAUGUGUGUAUAGUAUGUUUAGUGCAGUCUUGGACUACGGUCAAUGCCCACAAUCAAUGGGUUGGAUCCAACCAGCUUUUUCACUCAACCUCCCCCAAUGCCCCUCCUUACUACAAUGCCCAUCCCACGUAGCAUUUGUCCAUGCAUGUUCCAUGACCCCCGCAUGACCCUCCCUUUUUCUCCAAUGGAAAAGCUGGUUGUAAACAAUUCACUAUCAGCUCACAGUAAUUACCUUCUGCGAAGAGUUCGGGGUGGUCACUGUUGCACUGCUUGUAACCUCUGUAGCAACAUCAUGCACGAGAUCUCUGUAAUGUUCCUAUUCCAGUGAAUGCAACGCACUCAUUCUACUAAGAUAACAGUAUUGUAUUGUACUGUUGUGCUCAUUGACUGGCCAUGCAGUGGAACAUUGAUUUUUGUAUUUAUUCUAGGCCAUUGACUCUCAUGCAGAUAUUUAAUUUGUCUGUGGAUUUCUGUACCUACAAAGCAUAUCUUAGAAAAAGUGCUGAAUCUUUGUAUCCAACUACCUGCUUCAAAAUGCCCUCCUAAGCAGAGUCGCAGUCUUCUAAGUGCAUUGAAAUCAAUGGGCAAAGUCAGACUCCUUUAGUUCAAGUAUUAGAGGCUAGAAUUAACAUACUAAGACUGUGACUGCAAUUCUAUGUUCUUUAUGUAUGUAAAUAAACCUAACUUUUUGGUUAAGUAAGCAUGUCUGCUCUUAUCGAGGGAGAUUUCCAGACAUUUUGGAAUCAUCAGCAAACAUAUUAUAGUAUAUUCAUUGCUGCCAGCAUUAUUCACAUUUAAACAAUAAACAUGUCCUUGAAAAUA